AUGGGUGACCUGAAGGGACUGCUGGCUACCGCGCACCCGGACGACGUGAUCUGCUUCCACGAGAUUAAUUUUCUACCGAGCCGGCUUCCGAAGACAUACAUUCCGGAUAAGCGCGUUGGGGCGGAGCGGAUUGUCAGCGUCGGCAUUCUUUACAACGCGACGGGGAGUUGUUCCGCGGUGCCUCUGGUUGUUCUAUCGCCGUACGAUAGGCCCGAGCGCAGGCGGGGGAGCGCGGCAUGUCGCAAGGUGGCCGUCCGGUAUACGCAUCGCGGGCGGUUGACGCCAGAGGUACGGGACAAUGUGUACUCCGUGUGCACCGUGUUCACGGAGUUCGUGGAGACUGUAAAUGGUGUGCACUUCAGCCGUGAUCGCAACACCCUCAUCCUAACCAUUCACGAGGCGCAUCGCAUCACAGGCGAGGUCGCGCGACCCGUCGCGGAGCACGGCUUCAGUGUACAGCACCUCACCAACACCCGAAUCGUCAACAUUCGUAGGUCGGUUCUUGAAGGGGGCCUUCCGCACCUGCAGGGAGUGGAGGAUGCGCUGAAGGGCCAUUACCGCGUUAUGCUCAUGAAGCGUGCGAUAGCGGCGAAGCGGUUCCAGUUCGACUAUUCGGCAUCCAUCGCUGACGUGGAUUAUGGCCUCAUGCUCGAGUGGCUGGGAGAAGCGUGGACUCGCGUGCGCGCAGCAACCAUGCAGAGGAGCUGGUGGCGCGCCGGAUGCGUGCCCCCGAGCUGGCCGCCACUGAUGGCGUACCUAAGUGAGACGAGCGCAACGGGCAUGUUUGAGCCCCUCAUUGCGAUAUGCGUCGAGCUGCAGUUGCUCAUCGAGAAGUUCAAGAUGAGGCCUGCGUGCUAUAUGACGGCGGCCGAGUUCGUCAACUGCGACGCGGGACUCUGCGUGGAGCAGGGGUUCAGGGCCACACCUGCGGCCAGCGCGUCGGAUGACUCGUCGGGCGAGAUGAGUCUGCCAGACGGCCCACUGCUGCGUGACGAGCGCAGCAGGCGGCGCGUGAUUCGCAACGUAACAAAUGCGUACGUGGAGCGUGCCGACGCGCUCGGCAUUCCCCCGGCCCUCGUGCCAGCAGAGGUCGGAGCAUCUAACCAGGAGGUGAUUUCCCGCCUCGGCAGGACGCCAAUCAAGCGUGCGCGCGCGGGGAUGCGCACUGAGGACGUGCCAGACCCAACGGUGCGCGAGACUGAGGACGAUGAGUGA